AUGGAUAACAGGAAUCUACCUGGUGGUGAUCUGAAUGACAUGUUCAUCUUUAAUGAGAUAAUUGGACACCUCGGCCUUUUAGAGUUGCCCAUCAAAGGCAGGGCCUACACUUGGUCCAAUAUGCAGGAUGAUCCACUUCUUGAGCAGCUUGACUGGUUCUUCACUUCUGUUGAUUGGAUCUCUGAUUAUCCCAUGACUGAGGUGUUACCUCUUGCCAGGACUGCUUCUGACCAUGUGCCCUGUAUGGUUACAAUUAAAACCUCUAUUCCCAAGUCUAAUAUCUUUAGUGUUAUCCUGCUCUUGGAUGAGCUUGAGGAAUAUAGAACACUCUACAGACAGGAAUCAAAUUUCAGGAUUGUGGUUAAAUGCCAUGUUGAGAAAUUGCUCCACCUUCAAUGUCUUUAUUGGAGGAAACGAUGUACUAUCAGAUACAUCAAAGUGGGUGGUGAGAACACCAAGUCCUUUCAUGCUAUGGCCACGGAGAGAUACCGAAGAAAUUCUAUUGCUAGCUUAAAACUGCAUGAUGGUACGGUGGUGGCUGAUCAUUCCCAAAUGGAGGGUAUUAUCUGGGACUGUUUCAAGAACAGAAUGGGUUCUUCUAGGGGCAUUAAAAUGGUCUUUGAUCUUUCUUCCCUUAUUGAACCCGUGGUGGGACUGGAUGUUCUCACUAAGCCUUUUGAGAAGGAGGAAAUGGACUUGAUUGUCAAGCACAUGCCAGUUGAUAAAGCUCCAGGUCCAGAUGGUUUUAAUGGUCUUUUCUUCAAAAGAUGCUGGCACAUAAUUUCUCAGGAUUUCUAUGAACUGGCCCAGGCUUUCUUUCUGGGUACUGCCCAUCUGGAGAAUAUCAAUGACUCUUACAUAACUUUGGUGCCCAAGAAGCCCUCCCCUGAGGAGGUGAGUGACUUCAGACCUAUAUCUUUAACAGGAAUGGGUCUUAAGUUUCUGUCUAAGAUGGCAGCCAAUAGGUUUCAAGAGGUGAUUAUGCAGUGUGUUCACAAGAACCAAUAUGGUUUCAUAAAAAUUAGAACAAUUCAGGAUUGUAUUGGGUGGACCUUUGAGUAUUUGCACCAGUGUCAUCAGUCCAAGAAACCUAUUGUGAUUCUAAAGUUGGAUUUUGAAAAGGCUUUUGACUCCCUUGAGCAUGAGGCCAUUGUGCAAAUUCUGAGACAUAAGGGCUUUAAUGAGAAGUGGAUCCUUUGGAUGAAGCAGCUUCUCUCCACAGAAGGGGCAUUCUCCAGUUACCUAUUCCUUGUCAUGAUCAGGGAUUACCCUGUAGUUCAGUAUGCGAAUGAUACCCUUAUUAUCUUGCCUGCUGACAAGGAUCAACUUUUAGCUCUAAAGGAUAUGCUCAAGAUCUUCUCUGAGUCCACUGGUCUGGAUGUGAACUAUCAUAAAUCCUUUAUUAUUCCCAUCAAUGUGGACACUGCUGUCAUGGCUGAAUUAGCUUCUGCUUUUGGCUGUCAGAUUGGGAAAAUGCCUUUUACCUACCUUGGGUUGCCAGUGGGAACUACAAGGCCUAAAAUGCUGGAUUUUAUGCCCCUGGUUGAUUGCAUGGAGAGGAGAAUGACAGCUAGUUCAUCUUUUCUGAAUCAGGGGGAAAGGCUGCAAUUCCUUAAUUCUGCUUUGUCAUCUAUGCCCAUCUUCUUCUUGUGCAGUUUGGCUGUCCCAGCUGGAAUUCUUAAACAAUUGGAAAGAAUCCAGAGGCAAUGUCUCUGGAGGAGGAAUAGGGGUCAGCCUGCACCCUCCCUAGCUGCUUGGGACCUUAUUUGCAGGCCAAAAAACAGGGGAGGUCUUGGCAUCCUCAACCUUGGUUCCCAGAAUGCUGCACUUUUGAUCAAACAUGCCAAUAAUUUCCUUAACAGAAAGGAUCUUCCUUGGGUUUCUUUAAUUUGGGAUACUUACUACCAUAAUAGGGUCCCUCAGGGAACUUCUGAUUGUGGAUCAUUCUGGUGGAAGGAUAUUUGCAAGGUCAUGCAUCAUUUUAGGGAGUGUGCUUGGGUUCAGAUCAAUGCAGGGAACACUGCCCUCAUGUGGUCAGAUAACUUGCAGUUUGAUGGUCAGGUGUCUAGCCUUCAGCUCAGAUUUCCCAGGCUUUACUCUUAUGUUAAGGACCCCUGGGUUACUGCUAUGGAAUUCUUGGGCUCCCAGGACAUUUUCCAGCAUUUCCACCUUCCUUUGUCCAGCCAGGCUUUUGAUGAACUGGCUAUUCUUCAGUCUAUGUUGGGUGGCCUCAUUAGAGCACCUGGGUCCAAGGAUAUUUGGUUUUGGAAGGGAACUGCCAAGGGAUACUCACCAAAGCUGUUUUACACACAUACUUUUGUCUCUGCAUCUUUCAACCCUUUGACAGCUUGGAUCUGGAAGUCCUCUUGUACAAUGAAAAUCAAAGUUUUUGCUUGGAUGCUUAUUAUGGACAGGUUGAACACCAAGGACAUGGUGGAGAGGAGGCAUUGGCACUUGGAGGAUGGAGUGAGCUGUGUCCUUUGCCCUUUGCAGACUAGGGAGACAAGAGAUCAUUUGUUUUUCAAUUGCAACUUUAGUGUCAGAAUUUGGAACUAUCUGCAAAUUGAUUGGUCUUCUGGUGACUCCAUGGCUCAUUUGGUCCUUAAUGCUAGCAGGAGUUUUAGGAAGCCCUUCUUCACUGAAGUGGUGUUCAUUGCUUGCUGGAAUAUCUGGAUCAUCAGGAAUGCUAAGGUCUUCAGGCAUGAGAGGGCUAGAUUUAAUAAAUGGAGGUCUGCUUUUAUACAUGACAUCAGCUUAAUGCAAUAUAGAGUGAAAGCUGCCUACAAAGAUGAUCUUCUACGCUGGAUUUCAUUCCUGCCACCUUGA